UUACGUAUUUAAUUCCGGGAACAAUAAAAUAGUCAUCUUCGACACUUUUUACGUUUCAGGCUGCGAAAGGAGGGGAGCACAGCCCUUGCAUACAAGAGCGGACUUCAGUAGGGUUGUCAGCAACGGGUGCCACCCCCUCCACCUCCUUCUGCUUGGCCAGUGUGCUUGUUUACUGCAGCAAACACAAAAACCCGUUGACGACAACGGACGACCUGCCUUUAUUGAGGAGGACCAACACAGGACACGAACAUUCAACAAGGACGUUGAACGCCAUCGUCACUGAACCCCGCUAAAAGGACUGCUUUGAACGAUUUCCACUGCCGAUUCCCCUUUGAAUUGAGCCUCACACGGACGUGUCGCGCUGAUUGUCGUGGAAAACCGAAUCUGUUUUCGACCUGCCUCUGUUACUCGUUAUCUCUGACCAAUUCCCUUCGCUUGCUGUCUAGGAUUUGAAAUACCCCUUCUGCAGUUAUGUCUCUGAACAGCACUUCCACUAGUGAUUCUUCCCCCACAAUCACAUCUACCACUUCGAUUACGAGUAGUUCGACGAGUCCAUCCUCCACAUCGAGCACACCCUCCACAUCCUCCACGCCUUCUACUACCUUCUCCAGUUCCACCACUACUUCUACAGCCAGUUCUUUAAGCAGGACCUCAGUCGGGUCUUCAACUUCCCAAUCAUCUGGAUCCACAACUUCUACAAGAACUACCGGUUCAACAUUCCCUCUGGUGACCACCUCUACCGUGACGACUUUUUCUGUUGCGACCAUCAUUGUGACCGAUGGUAGGACAGUGACGACUAAUGUACCUGCUUCUACUACUGGUGCUGGUGCGAUUAGCAAUGGAGGUGGCAGCAAAACGAAUGUGGGUGCUAUCGCUGGUGGUGUGAGAUGGGAUGAAUUCGACGGGAACUUUGACCCCGAUGCCCACAUACCAAAGCCAACCUCCCUCGGACGAACGAAUCUGGAUUUAGGCGGGGAACUAGAUCCCAACACAGAUGCGGAAUCUCGGCCAUGGCAGUAUCCCUCCGCUGGUGCGGGUACUACUACACCUGGAACACCCUCCACGGCUGGUGUAGCUGGCUUAGGAGCACUGUAUCAUGGUGCUGGUGGUGGGGAUGUUUCCGGUAGAGGUGAGAAUGGAAGUGUGAGUCCGCUUCCUGAGAUGAGCCAGUAUGCCCCUACUGUUACAUCUGGAUCGCAUUAUCCUCCUACUAGUAACAUGGGUGGUGCGACUGGUGCCGCAGGGCGAUCUGACGCGAGUGAAAGUGCGUAUGGGGCUUAUAGUCCCCGAGCGAAUAAAGCCCUAGAAGCGGCCUCUUCGAGGCAGGGUGCGGGCACGGGGACGGAUGGGAGUGGUGGUGGGGUGGGAGGCACUGGGGGGCAACUGGGAGUGGUGAAUAGGGGAGAGACAGACGGAACUGAUGAGGAUGGAGGGCAGGGCAGGGUUGUUGUUGCUAAGGAUGCAGGGAGAGUUAGGGAAGUUGAGAUUCCCCCUACUUACGAGAGCAUUGUUGAGGAAGUGGGUGCUGGAGCGGGGGCGAGGUCAUAGGCUCGUGAACUGUGGCCAUUGGGAUGAAAUUUUCGCUGAUUUCUUGCUUUCUUUCUUUCUUUCUUUUAUUCCAAGUAAUGAAUUUUUUUCGUAUGCACCCCCUUUCCUUGUUUUUCACGUUACCGUAUCCAACUCACUUCUCAGAAGUUAUCUAUGACUGGGCUGCUGCUCGGUUCCGCCUUUGCUCGUUUUUUUUUUCAUUGUUAUUUGUGUACGAUAUUUUUUCAAUCGUGCAACGGAAUCCGUCUAUCCUCCGAUGACAGACGCCACUGCAUAGAACUGUCGAUGGUUGCAUGAUUCCUCGGCCUCACCGUGUAACCCCAAUGCAAUAUACUCAACGGGGACACUCAAACGGGGAAGAUCUCUAUACU